GCCCGCCGCACCGACCAUGGCUGCAGCCGCACUGGGGCAGAUUUGGGGCCGAAAACUUCUCCCAGUCCCUUGGCUUCUGUGUGGAUCCCGAAGAUGUGUCUCCAACAGCUUCAAGGCUGCAGACCUGCAGCUGGAAAUGACGCAGGAGCCUCAUAAGAAGCCCAACCCCAGCGAGCCCCUGGUGUUUGGAAGGACCUUCACCGACCACAUGCUGAUGGUGGAAUGGACUGGGAGGAAGGGCUGGGACCUGCCCCGAAUCAAGCCCUUCCAGAACCUCACGCUGCACCCGGCCUGCUCGGGCCUCCACUACUCCCUGCAGCUCUUCGAGGGCAUGAAGGCGUUCAAGGGCCGGGACCAGCGGGUGCGACUGUUCCGACCGUGGCUCAAUAUGGACCGGAUGCUGCGCUCGGCCCAGCGCCUGUGCCUGCCGGGUUUCGACAAGGUCGAGCUUCUUGAGUGCAUCCGGCGGCUCAUCGAAGUCGACAAGGACUGGGUCCCGGAGGACGCGGGCACCAGCCUCUAUGUGCGGCCGGUGCUCAUCGGGAACGAGCCCUCCCUGGGCGUCGGCCAGUCCACGCAAGCCCUUCUCUUCGUCAUCCUCUGCCCCGUGGGCUCUUACUUCCCUGGAGACGCCGUGACCCCUGUCUCCCUCCUGGCGGACCCGACCUUCGUGCGGGCCUGGAUGGGUGGCGUUGGCGACUGCAAGCUGGGGGGGAACUACGGGCCCACCGUCUUUGUGCAGCAGGAGGCGAAGAAGCGGGGCUGCGAGCAGGUCCUGUGGCUGUACGGGCCGGACCACCAGCUCACGGAGGUGGGCACCAUGAACAUCUUCGUCUACUGGACCCACGAGGAUGGGGCGUUGGAGCUGGUGACCCCUCCACUGGACGGUGUCAUCCUGCCUGGAGUCCUCAGACAGAGUGUGCUGGACCUGGCUGAGACCUGGGGUGAGUUCCGGGUCGCGCAGCGCAAGGUCACCAUGAAGGAGUUGCUGCGGGCGCUGGAGGAGGGGCGGGUGCGCGAAGUGUUCGGCUCGGGCACCGCCUGCCAGGUCUGCCCGGUCCACCAAAUCCUGUACCAAGGCAAGCAACUUCACAUUCCCACCAUGGAAAACGGGCCCCAGCUGAUCCUCCGCUUCCAGAAGGAGCUGAAGGCGAUUCAGAAGUCCACCUCCGAUGAGCCGUGA